AUGGGAAAGAUUCAAAGAAUUGCUGCGAAAGUGUCCGAACCAUGGAUUACCAGCAUGUAUCCAAAUCGAGCACUUCUUCCGAGGUUGGACCACCCCACUAAGAUGAUGCUCAACAACGCCGCAAAUGGAGCUUUCACGAAGAAGACCUUCAACGAAAUAGUUGAUAUUUUGGAGGACCUAGCAUCCCACAAUGAGCUAUGGUGUUCUCAAAGGUCAAAACCUGCCCCUAAGAAGCAAGAUCAAGCGGGUGUAUUGGCGUUGGACAUAGCAACUUCAAUGCARAAGGAAAUGGYGACGAUGAACCAAAUGCUCAAGGAGUUGGCCCUAGAAAGGAAGAGUGCACCAAYURCACCCRUGCAACCAGAAUAUGCUUCUCCUGUUUGCCAAAUUAAUGAAAUUGUUUGUUCUUAUUGUAGUGAUAACCAUGUUUAUGAGAAUUGUCCGCAUAAUCCAGCUUCURUUUAUUAUGUAGGUCACGGGAASAAUCGGAAMUUCAACCCCUAUUCAAACACGUACAAUCCGGGGUKGAGACAUCAUCCCAACUUUUCCUGGGGAGGUCAAGGAAGUUCCAGUGGRGCGACCCAAGGGCAGAACCAGCAGUAUAAGCAGCCCUAUGUCCCUUCUACUUUUUCAAGCAAUCAACAGAUGCCACCACCACCACAACAGUAUAAUCAGAACCAAAGAACCCCAUCGCAGCCAGCUCAUAAUAACAAUACUAGUCUUGAGAACAUGUUUAAGGAGUACAUGGCGCGYAAUGAUGCAUUGAUGCAAUCCCAGAAUGCCACAAUCCAAACUCAAGCAGCGGYAAUGAGAAACCUAGAAGUUCAAAUGGGACAAYUUGCCAAUGAUUUGAAGGCGAGACCACAAGGCUCUUUUCCUGGGCAUACUGAAGUUCYRAAAAGAGAUGGAAWAGAGCAAUGCAAGGCGGUAACUUUGAGAAGUGGAUUGUCUUAYGAAGGACCAAAGAUGCCGGUUGAGGUAUUGGCAAAAUACAAGAAGGCCAUUGGUUGGACUAUUGCAGACAUUCAAGGGAUAAGCCCUGCAUUCUGCAUGUAUAAGAUCCUAUUGGAAGAAGGUGCCAGAAACUCAAUAGAGAAUCAGAGACGUUUGAAUCCAAAAAUGAAAGAGGUUGUUCGAAAAGAGAUCUUGAAAUGGUUAGACGCCGGAGUCAUCUACCCUAUAUCAGAUAGUAGCUGGGUGAGCCCAGUACACUGCGUACCUAAGAAGGGUGGGAUGACGGUGGUGGUAAACAAGGAGAAUGAACUUAUAUCAACCCGGACUGUGAGCGGGUGGAGAGUUUGCAUCGAYUAUCGCAAACUAAACAAGGUAAYGAAAAAAGAUMAUUUUCCACUCCYGUUUGUUGAUCAARUGUUGGAUYGUCUUGYAGGUAAAGAGUUUUACURCUUCYUAGACGGAUAUUCGGGAUAUAACCAGAUUACCAUCGCUCCGGAGGAUCAGGAGAAGACGACGUUCACUUGUCYGUAUGGGACAUUUGCCUUUAGGCGUAUGCCUUUCGGUCUAUGCAAUSCAYYGGCGACAUUUCAAAGGUGUAUGAUGGCCAUUUUUUCGGAUAUGGUAGAAAAUAUUCUUGAGGUUUUUAUGRAUGACUUUUCAGUUUUUGGAAAUUCUUUUGAUAAUUGCCUAUUGAAUUUAGAAAAUGUUUUAYAAAGAUGCGAGCAAACAAAUCUUGUUUUAAAUUGGGAGAAGUKUCAUUUUAUGGUACGAGAAGGGAUAGUUUUAGGCCAUAAGAUUUCGAAAAAUGGGAUUGAGGUGGAUCGUGCUAAGAUUGAUGUUAUUUCAAAAUUACCACCUCCCACAAAUAUUAAAGGAAUAAGAAGUUUUUUAGGCCAUGGGGGUUUCUAUAGGCGUUUUAUAAAAGAUUUUGCAAAGAUUUCACCCCUUUGUCUGUUGGGUUUUAUGUCCUAA